AUGAUACGACCAUAUAUUGCCGGAACGUUCGCCCCAAGGCUGAGAUUAGCCUUCCCACAAAGGCAAUGUUUCUCAUCUGGGACUACGAGAAAAGCUUCCGACCCGCUGCGGAUACUGUUUUGCGGCUCGGAUGCCUUCAGCUGUGAAUCCUUGCGGGCGUUGCACCGGGAGCAUGAGACGAACAGCGGCCUUGUCGAGGCGUUGGAUGUGAUGGUAUUGCCGCCGAGGCGGACUGGCAGGGGAUUCAAGGAGAUCAAGGAGGUGCCGUGUAAGUCUGUUGCAGAGCAUCUGGGACUAAGGAUACACCAACGGGAGACGUUUAGAGGCUGGAAUAUGCCGGAAGGGACCAAUCUGAUUGUGGUCGUCUCGUUCGGACUCUUUGUGCCCCCGAGGAUAUUGAAGUCUGCAAAAUAUGGGGGAUUGAAUGUUCACCCGUCACUCUUACCGCAUCUACGGGGACCAGCUCCCAUACAUCAUGCCAUGAUGCGCGGAGACGAAUACACGGGCGUCUCUCUUCAAACGCUGGACAGCAAAGCUUUCGACCACGGCACCGUCCUCGCCCAGACACCCUCUCCCGGCUUACCGAUACCGGCCGAUGCCACGCUCCAGCAGCUCACAGACAGCCUCGCCAAGGUAGGCGCAGAGAUGCUCGUCCAGGGACUGCGAGACGGGCUGCAUGUGCCGCCGUAUAGGGAUGCAGGGUGGAUGGCCGAGCAACUACUUGCCGAAAACGAUGAUGACGAGCAGCAACUGGUUCACGCGCCAAAGGUUGGCAAGGGGGAAUCACAGAUCAACUGGCUGGAGUGGAAGCCCUUGGAUUUUGAGCGGUUUGUUAAAAUCUUUGGUACGGUUUGGACGCAUGCGAGGAACGACAAGGGCAGGUUCAAGAGGGUGCUUUUCUUGGAUGCGCAGAGCGUGCCGCCUGCGGAAGAGGUUCAGAGGACUGUAAGGGUCGAUGAUGAGCGUGAUGCGGUCUAUGUGCGGACGGCGCAGGGGGGGUGGGUGCGUGUGAGGAGUGUCAAGGUUGAUGGGAAGACGACGCAGACGGCGAGGAUUGGCCUGAGGGAGUUUUUGAAAAGAUGA